UUUUUUUAUUGAAGAUAGAGGUGAAUAUACAAAACAAAAUCAUAGAAAGAUUAGGAGUUACAAAACUUUAUAUAAAUAGUGAUAGGCUACGCUCUCUUCACAACUCAUCAUUCAUCAACACAACACAAUUACUAUCUCUCUGUUUUGCUAGUUCGUGAUCUCACCACAAUUUUUCUUCUUCGCUUCUCAUUUUUUUCCUCUAACCAUGGCCAAAACAAUCUUCGGCUUCGUGUUGCUCGUGAUAACAACCUUCACGGUUAUGUUGGGUUGUUGUUCGGCAACGGUCCACAUAGUGGGAGGCUCCGAUGGAUGGACCGCUAAGGAAGACGACACCUGGACCGACCGUCCCGAGUACCACGUGGGAGAUUCCCUGAUCUUUGAAUAUGAUCGUAACUUGAGCGAUGUUACUCAAGUUUCCGGCGGUUUGGAGUACGAAUUCUGCGACUCUUCUUUCCCUAAAGCCGUCUACAACACAGGCCACGAUGUUGUAACUUUGAAGGAACCAGGGUCUUACUACUUCAUCACCUCAAACCAUACUCAAUGUACAUCGGGACAGAAGCUGGACGUUCUUGUUACCCAUGACCCGUCGAGUCCGAUUCCUCCAAAAUCACCGAGCAAGAUUCUUCCGUCUGGAAAUAUCUACAAGGUAGGCGACUCCAAAAGAUGGAGCGUUUACGACAGUGAGUUCUAUUACCAGUGGAGUAAAGAGAAACAGUUCCAUGUUGGAGACAGUCUCCUUUUCGAAUACAACAACAAAGUCAAUGAUGUCUUCGAGAUCAGCGGCGACCUUGAAUUCCUAUACUGCGACCCGAUUUCUCCCGUAGCCGUGCACAAGACAGGCCACGAUCUCGUCAAGCUCACCGAACCAGGAAUCCAUUAUUUCAUUAGCUCAGAACCAGGUCACUGUGAGGCUGGACUUAAGCUCCAAGUUGUGGUUGGACCAACAGCCAAUGUUCCAAAGUUGUCACCUUUAGAACGUCUCACAAGGUGGUUAGACUCUUUCAUGUUCAAUCAUCACUAAGCGUCUGUAUCAAGUAGUUAAGCAUAUGCACUUUCGUUUCCGUUUUGGUUUGAGAUUAACUAAUUAUGGUUCUCUAAUCAAUUACUAGUUAAACAUCGCUCUUCUUUCUUACUUUUUUUUUCUCUCUUGCUUCGUUUCUUUGGUUCUUAUUUUUCACUCAUGUAAAAACUGUGGAGUUUCUUCCCAUUGUUAUAAUAAAUUUUAUUUUAUUGGAGUA